AUGUGGAGAACGAGAGUAGCAUCACAUGUUGUUUACAUCCGGGAGACAAGGGGUGGUGUGGUUCACAGUCUGGAGAAUCCUGGUAGCAGAACCAACAACGACGAUUCCUCGAAAGUCAAUUUUGUUCCACGGAACUUCUGGGCUUGUGUCUUCAACUUGGCUGUAACCGCCCAGACAUGGUCAUUUUCUGCGAACGGCCGCUAUCUGGGCGCUUAUUAUUUCCCGACGAGGAUUGUGAUUGCCAUACCGCUGCUGGGCAGAUAUGUUGUCUCUUUGUAUGAGGGGUCAAAACGCUCUGGGACCAAGAUGAAAGCGAAGACGUGGGAUGGCGUGUGGUGCUGCGAGCGCCGGCGGCAGGGGAAGCGGAGGCCGAGGGCGAGGUUGAAGGCGUUGCUUGGCCGGUUUAGCGAUCAUACCCAAGAGCGACGUGGCUGGCGCGCUAGGCCGAAUAUGGUUAGGCUCUGCCAGUUGGUGCCCGCGCUUGCAUCGCAGCAUUAUCACCGGGGAAAUUAG